UUACAGCUGCAAGAUCUGGCUGUAAGUCCGGAUAUUCGAGAUCCAUCUUUGAACUCAGCUCAAUGUGUUAUACAGGGUCAUUACGCUACAUUCAGUGACACCAAAGGACAUAGUGUUAAAAUGUUAUGGGUGUGUAAUCUUUUUUUAAUGGGCGCUGGCCUUAUUGUCAGUUCGGCGAUAAUCGACAUGAACAAAUUUUACAGAUUAAAUGGUAGGAAGAUGAAAAACACAGCGAGUGCCAUGUGUUUCUCGACUCACUUCUUGUCAGUACUAGGAAGUGUAUAUAUUUUUUUUGCUGUUACAUGUUCUCUUUUCUCUUUUUCAACAUUUUUUUCUGUAUAUUUUAUUUUAGUAGUUUUUUGGAACUUGGUAACAAGUGCGUUGUAUGUGCCAACUCGUUACUCAAUUUUCUAUCAUAAGUGGAAAGGAACCGGAUUUGUUUUAACAACCCUUUAUGUAUUUGGAGGAAACUCGAUAUGCUGUUUAAGUUGCUGGCUUGUAAUUGGGAUAAGAAUCAAUCCGUCAUGGGGUUUAACUAUUGCUCUCUUUAUCAUCUCUAUUUUCGCUUCAUUUACUUACGCAGUGUAUCUUUGCCUGGAGGUAAUUUAUCCAAACGGUUAUAACAUGAGAGAGCGAGAAAAUACACUUCAAGACUUUUUAUUGGGAACUUAUACAUUGCCUGAGGAUUCUUAUCGUAAUCCUCUCUCGUGUUCUGCCUCGAGUGACGACAACAGUCAAAACAAUAAUGAUGACCCAAACCGAGUUAUUGCGCUUUUUAAGUCCUUUGUUUUAUUGGAAUGCGACAGAGGCAUCAUGGCUAUAUUUGUUUGUAUGCUUGGAUGUAUAGCUGUGGUGUCCUUUUUUCUCAUAGUAAUUCUAGCAGGGCCGUCAAUAGCUGGACAGACUAGUGCUGCAGACGAACUCCUUAAAACCUCCUCUUUGUAUUUUAUUACUGCAUUUAUAACUUGGGCUACUUUGAAGAAGCACGCUUCUAUCGAUGCUCCCCUCCAAAAUGAAAGACCCCAAAAUGCUGAAGAACAGGACACUGACCACCACACUGGAGACCACCCCGGUGGCGAGUUGGGCACCCAAUACCCGCUCAUCAUGUGGGAAACAAGCGUGUAG